AUGGCCAAUGAUAAAGCCGCACCCGCCUUCAUGGGCCUUCCGCUUGAAGUGCGACACAACAUCUUCGAGUACGUAGCUGCCCGUGACGUCAAGCCCAAGAAACUGCUCCGUUACUGGUUUGAGAAGAAGGAGGUCAAGGCACUUGUUGAGCAAGAGGUCACCAACAACCCCAACGGUCCCGCGCCCCAAGUAGUGUAUGGUAACGACUACGAUGAGUACGAAGACGAGAGCGCCGCAACUGAUGAAGACGGCGACGAGAGUGGCGACUCAGAAGAGACUGAGAGCGCGGAACAGGACAGUGAGAUCGAAGAUGAAGAUGAGGACGAGGACGAGGACGAGGACGAGGACGGGGAUGACAAUGAAGAAGCAGAGCAAGAAGAGGAUAGCGAGGGUGAAGACGAAACCGAACUCGAGGAGGGCGACGAAGGUUUCACCGACAGCGACGGCAACACUGCUGCCAUAGUCGCCGCCACUCAGCCUCUUCUUCCGGCGCCUGUGGUUCGGCCCCAUGCCAAAUGGCGACAUAUUCCAAACUUCAUGCGCCUCACCCAGUGCCCUCCGCCAGUCCAGCUCUUGUUGGUCUCACAGCAGCUGAAUAACGAAGCCAAGAACUGGUUCUACGACGUAGCCACCUUACGUAUCGAUGCUACAGGCAGCUUCGCCCAUACGUCAUUCUUCGAAGAAGCAUUCAGCCAGAUGCAGGUAUCGCUGUAUGAAUCGUAUGUAAAACACACGCUGACCUGUUGCAUUAAAAUUAGCACCGACGCAGCGUUCUCCCCCAUGGAGAACAUCCGCAAGGUUGACAUCACCUUCGUUUGGGAUUCGACUUGGAUCCGCGCGGACACUACUGGGUCUGUCGAAGUCAUUUUCCCCGCCCUUCUUCGUCAGCGGUCAAAGUUCGUACACCAGAUCCUGCUACAAGCGCCCGAUUUGCGGGAGGUCACCAUUCACUGGCAAGUAAACUCCACGCAUGACUCUGCCCAAGACGACGAGAGCACUAACCUGAUGUUUGACAACCUUGAGCCAUUCCAUACGCUUCCUGCUACCGUCAAGGUCGUUGAGCACUAUAUUGUUGCGGAUGCAACGCUUAGGAAACGCAGCGUCGCUGGCAAGCGUCGUGUUGAGUUCCAGAACAUCCUCGACAUGGGUCUCGAUCGUCUCUUUUAA